CAAAACAAGCGAACCAUCAGUUAAAUUUUAUUUUUCUUCCUUUUUCUUGUCGAAAACCCAGACAAACAAAAAAAAUUUCUUUGGGCAAAUACAGUGAGCAGAGCACAAAGCAGAAAAUGGCUAGUAGAUUCCUGUUGACUGCUGCUCCAUUUCUACCUUCCCAAAGAAAUGAAAUGAAUGGUCUUUUGGGACAAAUGAGGAGCUCAUUCCAUGGCAAAGUAGGAUAUAAGCAAAGUUUUUUAAGAAGAGAAUGCAAUAGUCCUCGUGGAGGCAGACUUCUUGUUGCAUCAGUGCUAGGAAGGAAGGUCCAAAAGAAAGAAACUGUGGUUCCUGACCCAGAUUAUCGCAUACCCUUUGUCCUACUUGGUCUAGCCGGUGGAUUGGUUUAUACUGACAACCUAUUACCAGCUGCACCUGUUGGUUUACUUGGGUUGCUCCUGUUGUUCCAGACUACCAGAGUGAGAUUUGUCUUUGACGACGAGGCUCUGGAGGUAAAAGUAGGAGAGCAGCUUCAGGAUUCAGAUGAAAAUGUCUUCGUGGGCGGAAAGAACCGUUGGAAGUACUCAACAUUUGUGAAUUGGGAACUUUGGUGGCCAAGUUUCCCAAUUCUGGUGUAUUUUAAGGAGACACAGACAAAGCCUGAAGGGCAAGUUCACUUUUUCCCAGUCAUUUUUAACGGAAAGCAACUCUAUGAUGUAAUGGUAGAAAGAGCUGGUCCUUCACAAACUAGCGGCCCAAAAUAAUCCUGAAGACUUGGAGUUACAUGAUGGGGAGAUAUUGAGAUAUCAAACUUCAGGAGCAUAAGGUUAAAACUAGCCAUACCCAUCAUUUGAAGCAUCAAAGUGAAUAUUUUGUCUCUAGAUUGCACAUGGUUUUCAUAUCAGAUCUGUCAUGUAUUUAUUCACAAUCUGUACUAUCCUGCAAUUGCAGACAAUCAACUAUAAAUGAUGUAAGACUCAAGGAUGUAUAUAUUAUAUAGUUCAGGUUUUUGCAGUC